CCAGCUGUAGAUGUGCUUCUGAAAGUUUUUGAGCAUGUGGCUUCUUUGCAUAUAAGAGACGCUGUGCCUACAUUAAUCAGUACCUUUUGUAAGCUCAUUGAUGCUGGUAUGUUGCUUGAGUUUGAACAUUUUGACUAUAUCAUUAAGUUCCUUCACCAAUUGCAAGUUUCCAGUCAGGAAAUAAAUACUGUUUUGAACAUAAAAUCCAGAUUUCAGGAAAGACAUCUUGAAAAGAACUGGGUUUUUGACUUCAACUUGGCAGUGGCUGAAAUUCAGCAUUGCAAGGAAAAAAGUGAUUGGACUAAGCUGGGAGCUUUGUAUGUGAAUGCGAGAAUUGGAUGUGAACAUUUUGAUGAUCUUCAGAAAUUGUCUUUAUGUAUUGCUGAAAUACUAGCCAGAGAUUGUAAGGCAGACAGACCAGGAGUUCCUUUUUGUGAUUUUGCUGAUGCAGUAAUAAAAAAAUCACAACAUAAUGAAGCAGACAGAAUUUUCAUUGGAAGGAUUGGGAUAAGUGUAAUGUAUUCUUAUCACAAACUAUUGCAGUGGAUAAAGGGAAGGAAGGUUUUGGAUAAAUUGCAUGAGCUACAGAUACAUUUUACAGUCUUGAAAGGAGUUACAGGUGCAGAAAGGUUUGCAUCAAGAUGUCAAAUUGUUAAUAAAGCUGCAGAAAUUUUUCUUAAAACUGGAAGUUUGGAUGGAGCAACAUGGGUAUUGAGAGAGUCAGAGUGGACCACAAAUGCACCGUUGUGGCCCUGUGAUAAAAUGGACAUACUCAGUCGACAUAAUCUGUUAUGUACACUAGUGCACAAAUACUUGAGGAAGAGUUUAUACAGGCAGGCAUUUGAAGUUCUGCAGAACUUACCAGGUUUUCAAAAUCAUUCUGAUACUGUAGAUGUUUCUCAGUACAGCUGCCUUUUUAACAAGCUGAUAAAUGCCUGUUUUGAGAGCAAGAACCUUGGGAUCUCAUCUUCUGCAGUAGACUUCAUGCUUUCAAAAAACAUAGCUAUUGAUUUUUCUUUACUUAGAGGAUUAAUCACAGCUUUGGGAAGAAGUUCUUUGUGGUCUAAAGCUAGGACCUACUACAAAAGUGCUUUAUCAUUGGGUUGCUACCCACCACAGCACGGAAAUUUAUAUCACAAACUUUUGACGAUUCCAUCUUACCUGUCUGAGGUUGAGAUGCUUUUGGCCAUUGAAAUAUUUCUUGUUUCAAAUGCCAGUGAUAUUCAAAGUCCAAUGGCUGCUACUCAGACUCUUCAAAUAAUACUGAAAAGAUGUGAAGAGCAGACAGUUCAGAAUAACAGUGACUAUCAAGCGGCAGUGGAGAGAUUGAUCCUGGCUGCUCGUGUAUCUGAUCCAAAGCUUUUUCUUAAGCAUAUGACAAUGAAUGUUAACAUGGAAGAAGUUUACAGCUUGGAGUUUACAUCUGCUCUAAAAUGGCUUCAGGAGAAUAUGAAAUGGGCUGCAAAGGUCUGGCUGUUUCAGUAG